AUGUUUGGGAGCACAGGGAUCUGCCUUCUGCAAGGCCUGGAAGCCGGAGCCCCGGCCACCGCCCAGACUGCCUCCCGGCCGGCAAAUGAUGAGCCCCCAGUUAGCAAGGCUGGGCAGGAUCUGGUUUUGCAUCUGCCCACAAACGAGGUAAUUUUGGAUGGGCGAGGGAGCACGGAUGACCACGCCAUCGUCCGGUAUGAGUGGACACUGCUACAAGGUGACCCCUCAGUGGACAUGAAGGUGCCUCGGUCAGGAACCCUGAAGCUGUCCCACCUGCAAGAAGGAACGUACACCUUCCAGCUGACGGUGACGGACACCGCCGGGCAGAGGAGUGCCGACAAUGUCUCAGUGACACUGCUUCCUGCAGCCUUCUCCCCGGGAGGGUGCUCUGGCGUUUGCUCACGCUACCACUUCUUUUGUGACGAUGGCUGUUGCAUCGACAUCACGCUGGCUUGUGAUGGAGUGGAGCAGUGUCCUGACGGCUCUGAUGAGGCUUUCUGUCAGAAUCUGAAUCUCAAGCGGAAGCUGGUGACCCAUGCGGCCACCACCCAGCCGAGAACCACAGGUCCAAGCAAAGAUGCAGGAAGGAACAUCCUGCUGGAAAAGCACCAGAAGGCCACUGCCUUGAACCAGCCACUUGGGUCAUCAGACACAUUGAAGAGGAAUCAUUCUGCUUUUUGGGGGCCAGAGCAACUAGGUGAACCCCUCAUGUCAGGCAGUGGUUCCUCAGAGAAGAACAGAAAAGAGGACAAAUAUAUUUUUGAGUCAAAGAGCGACCGAGGAGGAAGGGAACACCCAGCCCCAGAAACAGGCGCGGUGCUGCCGCUGGCGCUGGGGCUGGCCAUCACGGUCCUGCUGCUGCUCAUGGUUGCCUGCCGACUACGACUGGUGAAACAGAAACUUAAAAAAGCUCGUCCCAUCACAUCUGAGGAGUCCGACUACCUCAUAAACGGGAUGUAUCUCUAACUGUCACGCAGCCGGGACAAAGACAUGCUUCGCUUAUAAUUUAUACAUAUGUUGGGUUCUGGAUAGUUACAACGAAUUUUGUUUUUUUUUACUGGGCGAAGACGACUACUGAAAACCCAGAAGAUUCUGCAAAUCCCAAAUCCUUGUAUUUAUUUACUGUAGAGCUAUUUUCCUUGGGAAAUUGUGAAAUAUUUUGAAAUUUAGAAGCAUCCGUGAAUAAAGGCUUUUACAAACCGAA